AUGGCACUUGCAUCAACGUUUCUUUUAACAACGGCAAGCGUUAUUCUUACUUCUCUUACCGUUGGAAAUGCUUUUUUCCAAAAAAAGCAGUUUUAUCCAUCGGUUGUUUAUAUUACAAAAAGUAGUCCUUCCAUGGCAGUGAUGUAUAUACAAGGAUUAGUUAUCGCAUAUAUGAUUUUUCAAAUCGUUAGGAAACUAUUUUUUGGUGAAUUACGUGCUGCUGAAUAUGAGCAUCUAUCGGAGAGGACAUGGCAUGCUGUUAUGGAGACAUGUUUAGCAUUUACCGUGUUCCGUGAUGAUUUCUCCCCCCGUUUUGUAAUGCAAUUUGUUUUUUUGCUUUUUAUCAAAUUGUUUCAUUGGCUAAGCGAAGAUCGGGUCGAUUUUAUGGAACGAAGUCCAAUUAUAACUGUAUUGUUUCAUUGCAGGAUGAUGUCAUUACUUGCCUUUUUGAGUGCUCUGGAUAGUUAUUUUAUAUCACAUGCAUAUUUCACAACACUUGUUCGCGGCGCAUCAGUGCAAAUUGUAUUUGGGUUUGAGUAUGCAGUGUUAAUGACAGUUGUACUGCAUGUAACAAUUAAAUAUAUUCUACAUAUGCAUGAUUUACGAAAUGUACAUCCAUGGGAGAAUAAAGCAGUUUAUUUGCUCUAUUCGGAACUCCUUAUCAAUUGCCUCCGUUGCAUUUUAUAUAUUAUAUUUGUGGCCGUAAUGAUACGUCUGCAUACUUUCCCAUUAUUUUCCAUCCGUCCACUUUAUCUUACUAUUCGAGCAUUCCAUAAGGCAAUCAAUGAUGUUAUACUUUCAAGACGUGCGAUACAUGCCAUGAAUAAUCUGUUCCCACUAGCUACCGAACAGGAUUUGUUGCAGGGUGACAAUACAUGUAUAAUCUGCCGUGAGGAGAUGACACCGGUUAGCGGAGCAAAGAAACUACCGUGUAAUCAUAUUUUCCACGCAAACUGUCUCCGUUCAUGGUUCCAACGACAACAGAGCUGCCCAACCUGUCGUACUGAUAUUUUAGCACAACGACGGACAACAGCAACAACACCUGCAGCUGGAGGAGCAGCUGCACCUGCAGCAGGACCCGCUCAAGUAGGGCAAAAUGUUGCAGGAGUUCAGCCAGCAAAUAAUGGCGCAGAAAUUCCAAAUAUGUUUCCGUUUAUGGCUCAGUUCGCUUUUCCGCAACAACCGCAACAACAACAACAGCAACAACCACAAGCUGGAACCAGCACGGCUAGCCAACGAAAUAAUGAUGGCAAUAGUGUACCUCAAAUGCCGUUCCCUAGUACCGGUUUCAGUAUGCCUCAGUUUCCAGCUACAGCACCAGGAUUUCCAUUUAUGGCAUUACCACCAUUUGCGGUACCUCCAAUGUUUCCAUUUCCACCGGUUCCAAGUUUUGUUGGUCUAACAGAUGAAGAAGUUGCUGCUAUGGAAGGAACGGAACGAGCAGCUGUCGAAGCACGUAUAAACUGUAUUCGUAAUAUCAGCUUAUUAUUGGAUGCAGCUACCAUGCAACUACAACAGUAUAUGAGUAUCGUGCAGUCAUUGAGUGUUCCGGCUUAUGCAGCUGCAGCAGCAAAUGCAAAUGCGACUGUACCAUCCAAUGAUGCAACAUUACCUGGAACUUCCGCUGUCGACGAAAAUUCAGUUAAUGAGUCAUUGCGCCAUGAACCUAGUCUUAGUAAUACACCAGUAGCUAGUUCAAGUGAAAAUCCUAAAACAGAUAAGUGUCCAUCAUCAUCAGGCGUCGAUAAUACGACACCAGCUUGUUCUUCUGCACAAACUACUGAAUUGGAUGAAAUUCGACAACGAAGGCUUCAAAAAUUUGGUCCCUCAACAGCGUCAUUAUCAGAAAAUGGCAAUGACUAA